UUUGCUCUAAUCCCAUGGGGCCUGAUGCUCUUAUCUCUGCCUACAGGGAGACUGGCCCAGGAAGCACCCCUCAGCCCCUCUUCCCUCCAGGGCUUGUGAGGGACUGCUCCUCUCUAUAGCCCCACAUCCCUGUUGCCACCUACCCACCGCCCCAGGCUGGGCCCAAGUCUCUCUGGAAGCCGCACACCUCCCUUCCUGCCCUCUCCCCACACUGUUGCCAGCUGAUUUCAUUUGCCUGACGUCGUCGUUGUCGUUGCCCUACCCUUCUCUGUCAGUGCUCCCCCUGACCCCCCCCCCCCAGAGUUGGGGCCAGGCCAGGCCAGCUCCUCUGGCAGCAGAGCCGGGGCAGGUGACGGGUUGGCGUCGCAGCUGAGGGAGUGAGGAAGCGCCUGGAAACCUGGGAGAGGUCCAGUCAGAGUCCAAGAGCCGGAGCUACCCCUCAACCUAUCAGCCAUGGGGGAAAUGGAGCAGCUGAGGCAGGAAGCGGAGCAGCUCAAGAAGCAGAUUGCCGUAACCCCAGAGCCCUUCCACAGGGGGACCCCAGAAAACAUGGAACCGGGGACACGAGGGAGUGUGGAUGGGGUGGGGGAAGGGGGCUGGAUUUACUCUUGAGUGACACCUUAGAGACCCCUGACCUGGAAGUGGCCAGAGACUUUCUGAACGUGGAUCUCAAAUUUGAGAUGUCCCCCAAACCCUAGAGCCCCGAAGCCCACCUACCUCAGAGGCUCAUGCACCCACUACCCUCACCUUGUGUUGAUGCUCCCCUGAUGUCUGCUUCUCCACCUGCCCCCUCCCCAGGAUGCCCGGAAAGCCUGUGCUGACAUUACUCUGGCAGAGCUGGUGUCUGGCCUAGAGGUCGUGGGGAGAGUCCAGAUGAGGACAAGGCGGACGUUAAGGGGACACCUGGCCAAGAUCUAUGCCAUGCACUGGGCUACCGACUCCAAGCUGCUCGUAAGUGCCUCGCAAGACGGGAAGCUGAUCGUGUGGGACACCUAUACCACCAAUAAGGUGCAUGCCAUCCCCCUGCGCUCUUCCUGGGUUAUGACCUGUGCCUAUGCCCCGUCAGGGAACUUUGUGGCAUGUGGGGGGCUGGACAACAUGUGCUCCAUCUACAGCCUCAAAUCCCGUGAGGGCAAUGUCAAGGUCAGCCGGGAGCUGUCUGCUCACACAGGUUAUCUGUCUUGCUGCCGCUUCCUGGACGACAACAACAUUGUGACCAGCUCCGGGGACACCACUUGUGCUCUGUGGGACAUCGAGACUGGGCAGCAGAAGACUGUGUUUGUGGGACACACAGGGGACUGCAUGAGUCUGGCCGUCUCUCCUGACUUCAAACUCUUCAUUUCGGGGGCCUGUGACGCCAGCGCCAAGCUCUGGGACGUGCGGGAGGGAACCUGUCGGCAGACAUUCACUGGCCAUGAGUCGGACAUCAACGCCAUCUGCUUCUUCCCCAACGGAGAGGCCAUCUGCACAGGCUCAGACGACGCCUCCUGCCGCCUGUUUGACCUGCGGGCAGAUCAGGAGCUGACUGCCUACUCCCACGAGAGCAUCAUCUGUGGCAUCACAUCUGUGGCCUUUUCCCUCAGCGGCCGCCUGCUCUUCGCAGGCUAUGAUGACUUCAACUGCAACAUCUGGGACUCCAUGAAGGGCGAGCGUGUAGGCGUCCUCUCUGGCCACGACAACAGGGUCAGCUGCCUGGGGGUCACAGCUGACGGGAUGGCUGUGGCCACCGGCUCCUGGGACAGCUUCCUCAAAGUCUGGAACUAAGGAGGCUGGAGGAGGGGAGGUAAAAGGCCACGAAGACACUCAGCUGCCCCUCCCCUGCCCAAUUUUUUUCUAAGGUUUCUUUAAGUUUUCUCUUCCAUACCCUAGCUGCCAUUCCCACCCAGCUUUGUCCCUUGAGGGCGGUGGGGAAAAAUGGGGAGUCUGCCUUUGGGAGGCAUUAUCAGGGACACGGGGGCAAAGAACUGCCCCAUCUCCUCCCAUGGUCUCCCCUCUCCACGGUCCUGCAGCUUCUCCCUUAAUAAGCAGGGACAACU